AUGGCAUUAGAUUUAAUUUUAGCUGGUAAUCAUUUAAAUGAUAAGACCAUGAUAUGUAAAUCAGACUCAAUUGUUUUAUCUUGUAUGAUUCGAAAAAUCUACCUAAGUACACAAAUACAAACUGUAUGUUCAUAUGGUGAUGUAAUUACAAUAAUUCAUGAUUCUGAUUAUCAUCAAAUACGUUUUCGUACAUAUAAAAGAAUGUCAUUAUCAUCAGAUGAAUUUAUUGAAAUUCUUGGUGAAAUACUUAGGUCAUACCAAAAGUAG